UUCAUCUAAAUAUAGCUUAAGUAUGUAGUGUUUAAUUAAGUGAAUACAUGAAAUUAAAACUAUACUAGUUAAAACUUAUUAAAGUUUAUAAAAGUGAAGCAUUAAAAUAAUUAUUAAAUAGAAAUAUUAUUCAAAUUGAGGAAGACAUCUUCUAAAUAAUGACGAUGGAUGCUAUGGAAGUAUUAGGCUCUCAGCCCCAUGCAGCGGCAACUAGCCCAUUUUUAUUAUCAUCACCACCACUUGGACACCAUCAUGCGACAUUUAACCUACAAACAGUGCAAUUAAGUUUUGAUGCAUGUUUAACAUAUAAUACCUCUACAGCUUGUGGUUCCAAUAAUACUGGAUGUAUUGGUAGUGUUAAUUUUCUCUCUGGAGCGUCACCUUCGACUUCAAUUGCAAGUGUAACUUCAGCUUCAGUACCGGCAGCAAUACCAGCUUCUACUAUAACACCAUUAAAUUCAAAACCAGUUCCAACUUUAACAUUAACUACAUUACCAAUUCAACCGCAAUGCAAUACAUUAAAUUCAAUGGAACAGCGUCAGAUACAUAAUCAGAUUCAAAAUCAAGAAUUAAGGAGACGGCUAGAAAUAGAAAAUUCUUCGUCUCUUGAUGAAUGCAUUGGUAGUAUUAAAAGACGUCGUUUACAGCGAACAAAUAGUAAUGAUAAUAGUAAAGAAUGUUCAGAUGAAUGUAGAGAUGAUCCACAAAGUUCUGAUGAAAAAGACAAGCUGGGUGAUCUUAACACACCAGUCACUACUAGUAGUGAUUUGCCUUCAUUUUUUGGGCCUGCUGCACUUGUGGAACCACCACCUAUUUCAGGUAAUUUACCAGGUGAUGAUCUGUCCUUAGAUGAAACAACAGUCGAAGAUCAAGUAUCUUCCAAUACUGCAAAUAGAGACCAUCAUUCCAAUCGUCAUCUUCACCAUCACCACCAUCAUCAACAACAUUCUUUAGAUCAAACAACUACGAAUUUAUCAACGAAUUCAACUUCAUCUAAUUUAAAUGAAACUCAAGAAGAUGAUACUAGAUGUAAUAUUUUGCAAAGUGGUGUAAUUUUGUAUUCAACUCCGCAUUCUUCUACUAAUGCUUCAUCAAUUUCACCAAGUGUUAAUGUUUGCAAUAUGCCAACAUUAAGGUAUAGCGCUGUAUUUGCAACUUCGUGUACACAAGCAUCAACGAUAAAUAAUAUUCAUAAUCAGCAACACCAACAACAACCUGCACAUAUUCAAUCUCAAUCUAAUCAAGAACUUUGGGGUUCUUUACCAUCCCCAACUUUAAGCUUAAAUGGUCAACCAUUUCUUCAUUCUUCUAUACAUACAGGUUGUUAUGGACCUGAUAAUAUUGAACUUUUGCAGGUAGAUUCUAAACCAUCUUUACUUAUGAAUUAUCAUGAAACCCAAAAUUCAACACCAACCAGUUGGCUUACACCACAUGACGAAACUUAUGAAACAAAUAUUUUACCUCACUCUAUUCAACAUCAUCAAUCAUGUACUAUAUUAAAACAAGAACCAUGUAUUGGAAGUACGAUAUUCUCUCAACCAAGUUCACAACAACCAUCGCAACAACAAACUACGACAAAUGGUAAUUGCAUACAACUUGCUGAAUAUAAUCCCAGUACUUCCAAAGGACAUGAAAUUUUAUCGCAGGUAUACCAACAGAGUACAAUUCCAUUAAAAUUAGUACCUGUUAAACCACGUAAAUAUCCAAACCGUCCGAGUAAAACUCCAGUUCAUGAAAGACCCUAUGCAUGUCCUGUUGAUGGAUGUGAUCGUAGAUUUUCAAGAAGUGAUGAACUUACUAGACAUAUUCGUAUACAUACAGGUCAAAAGCCAUUUCAAUGCCGUAUUUGUAUGCGCUCUUUUUCUAGGAGUGAUCACUUAACAACGCAUAUUCGUACUCAUACAGGUGAAAAACCAUUCUGCUGUGAUCAGUGUGGACGAAAAUUUGCUAGAAGUGAUGAAAAAAAAAGACAUGCUAAAGUGCAUUUAAAGCAAAGACUUAAACGCGAAUCAAAUAAUUCUAAUUCGCGUAAUAAUUAAAUAUAA